AUGCCGUCACUCUUGUUUUUCCCCUCUUGGAAAGGUGUUGCAGGAUGUUGUGCCAAAACAACUACUGCACCACUGGAUCGAGUAAAGAUUUUGCUGCAAGCUCAUAACCACCAUUACAAACAUCUAGGAGUGUUUUCUACAUUGUGUGCUGUCCCCAAAAAGGAAGGUUACCUUGGGCUGUAUAAAGGAAACGGGGCAAUGAUGAUUAGAAUCUUUCCGUAUGGCGCAAUUCAGUUUAUGGCAUUUGACCGAUAUAAAAAGGUAAUAAAGAAGCAACUUGGGAUUUCAGGGCAUGUGCAUCGAUUAAUGGCUGGAUCCAUGGCAGGUAUUACAGCAGUGAUUUGUACUUACCCUCUUGAUAUGGUUAGAGUUCGUCUGGCAUUCCAAGUAAAAGGGGAACACAAGUACAUGGGAAUUAUCCAUGCAUUCAAGAUGAUUUACACAAAGGAAGGUGGUUUUACUGGGUUCUACAGAGGGCUGAUGCCAACUGUUGUAGGAAUGGCGCCAUAUGCGGGUUUUUCAUUUUUUACCUUUGGUACCUUAAAGAGCAUUGGACUUGCUCAAGCACCAAACUUGCUUGGACGGCCUUCAUUAGAUAAUCCCGAUGUCUUAGUUUUGAAAACACAUGUAAAUCUGCUGUGUGGUGGCAUAGCUGGAGCAAUAGCUCAGACGAUAUCAUAUCCCCUUGAUGUAACUCGUAGGCGAAUGCAGUUAGGAGCAGUUCUCCCAGACUCGGAAAAGUGCCUUACAAUGGUGCAGACACUGAAAUAUGUGUAUCAACAACAUGGAAUACGAAGAGGAUUGUACCGUGGUUUAUCUCUAAAUUAUAUUCGUUGUAUUCCUUCCCAGGCUGUGGCUUUUACCACAUAUGAACUUAUGAAACAAUUCUUGCACCUCAACUAAUUUUUUUUUUUUAAGACUUUCCUGUAAAACUACAUUAUCAGUCCUCAAAUUAUAUUGGUGAGUAAAUUACUUGAAGUUUUAAAAAAAGCUAUCUGUUACUGUGGAACUGCUGUUGUCUGACAUUUUUAUUUGCCAAAAUGUGGUUGAUUUCCUGGAGUCAAACCAGGAGACAGAUCAAAAUAAACAUUAGUUAGCUAUAAACAUUUUUUUUGCACUUGAUCUUCUAGGCUUCAUUAGAUUAAUGUUAAGAAUUACACAGUUUUAAAAUUACACCCACAUUUUAUAUGGGUUUCAAGCUGUUAGUUAUUUAGCUUUAUCACCAUUCCAGGAGUUACACACAUGGUUAUAUUGCUUUUUAAGCUAGUAGUUAGACAUCUGUUCUUCUUUAAAAAUUAAAUGGAAUAAACUGAUUUGAACAAAAU